AUGAGAGCGACGACAGUGCUGCACGUCCUGGCGCUGGUGGCUGCAACUCAGGCCGUCCAGGCUGCGCCGCUGGAUGGCGUCCAGGAGAGCCGGCCAAGAUCCUACCCACUGCGCAGCCUACGCCUCGGCGCACCGACGGCCAGGGCACAGACCUCGAGCGUGCGAUUGCACAAUGAAAUGCGCAACGCCCUCAUCGUAGUCGACAUCGAGAUAGGGACGCCUCCGCAGCCUUUCAAGGUGCAGAUCGACACUGGCUCGCCCAGUCUGUGGGUGUUCGGCGAGCACUGCUACACGUGCACCACACAACGGCAGUACGACAAGUCCUCGGCCACAUUCUCAAACGUAGAGGAUUGGGACAUCCUCACCCUCGGCGGGGGCAAGGUGCCGAUGCAGUAUGCGCGCGACAUCGUGCGCGUCGGCGGCCAGAGCACGAGCACUGACUUCGAGUUCGGCGUCGCUGGCGCUUUUGAGGAUGCGAGGGGCAACUCAAUCAUGGCCUCAGGCAUUGAUGGGAUCAUGGGUCUGAGUCGACCGUUCGCAGGGCGACCGCCACCAGUAUGGGCCGACAUGGGUGUGAAGGAAUUUGGGCUGCACAUACGGCGAGAGGGAGAGACAUUCAAGGCGCGACACGAGGGGGGGUUAACCUCGUUCGACGGAGGAGAGCUCACUGGCGUCAACGAGACGAUCGUCGAAGGCGAUCCGCUACCGCUCGAGGUCCGCGACAUCGAGGGAUUCUGGGCUGCAACCCUGGACGGCCUGCACGUCUCCGGCAUCCCAGUCGAACUCUCCACUGACGUUGCGAUCUUCGACUCUGGUGACUCGUACAUUACGUUGUCACCCGAUGAUUACGCCUCUCUCAUGACUGCCCUCGGUGCUGAGCGUCUGGGACAGCAGUGGGACCGCACGGGCUUCGCAGGAAUGCACUACAUCCCUUGCUCCGAGGUCAGCAGUCUCGACGUUGCGUUCGUGCUCGGUGGACACUCGUUCAGCCUGCAUCCCUACGACCUCGUCACGCCUAUCGACGGGGUGUGCGUGCUGAGCAACGUGAACGCUGCGCCACACGUGCGCGGCGUACUCCUCGGCGUGCCCUUCCUCAUGAACGUGUACUCCGUGUUCGGGCUCGAUCCCCCGAGUCUUGCCCUUCACCGACUGAAGGCUGAGUUCAACCCGGACUGGCGACUGCGUAUCUCCGCCGACGGUUCUGUCACGCCGUCGCAUGUCCUGGGCUUCGCGGGCGAAUACCUUCCAUCUCAGCUGUCUUUCUUCCUCGCUCUGCUCAUGGUCAGCGUUCUCGCAGCAUUCCUCCUCGCUGUAAUGCACGCGCUGCCCCGCCCACGACACCGCAAGCACCCAGACAAGUAUUCGUUCCUGCAGCGCGUACCGGCCAUGGGAUGGUAA